AAAAUGCUUGUCCAUUGAUUUGGUGUCAAGUAGCUUAUUGGGAGAUGUCACAACGUGUUGGUGAUCGUUAUUUAGCGAAGAAGUCAUCUGUUAACAUCUAUUCUGAUGAUCCGUGCAAAGGUGACAGUAAUGAUGAUAUGUGUUUAAACGAAUUAGCCAAACAAAGAAGAACGCCAUCGCCCGACAACGUGAAAAAAAUAAGACUUAAGAUUGGUUUAGGUGUAACAUUAAGUAAGGAAAAUGGCAGCAUUUGGUUGUAUAAUCGUUCAAUGUUACCAAUAUUUGUAAAUUCUCCAACCUUAAGCGAAAAUUGGCAUUGUGUUUGUAAAAUAUUGCCUGGGUACUGCCUUAAAGCCUUCGACAGUGAAAGGGCUCAAACACUUAAAUAUCCCUCGCAUUUUCCUGGUGCUCAAUUAGGACCUAAGGAUCCAUACGGUAUGCAAAUAAGUUUUGGCAAAGGUUGGGGUGAUAAAUACAAACGUCAGGAUGUAACAAACUGCCCAUGUUGGUUCGAGGUAUUAUUACCAACGCAACGGUGACAAAAACUAAUUAACAUGAAUGGAGGCCAGAAUAAAUGUGGCAAGGAUACUGAAACUCAAAUAGCAAUUGAUAAUGUCUGUGAUGAUAAUUGUAUGUACAAGUUAAGUACGCUUGAGCAUAGCUACGCAACCCAGUGGAGUGCUGCUGACUCCAAUUGUCUAACUAAUGUUAAUGUGAAAGAAGAUAGACGAUAUAAAUGUACAACAUCAACAACCAAUAUAAGCAUUGGACAAUUUAAUGAAAUUAGGGAAUAUAGAAAUAGUCAGGAAAGAACUGAGAAGAAUGAGGAAGAAAAUGUUUUUAAUUACUUGCCUGUAUUCGAUGAUUUAUGGAAAAGUGUAAAUUAUUAUUAUAAGAAAGACAGGCAUCGACAAGCCAUAAGAAAAAUUCAUAACACAUUCGUCAAAUUAAUCAAAAUAUGUUGGAGGUCGUCGGAACAACAAUAUGAUAGCAACAAUAUCCACAGUAACAACAACAAAAACACAAAUUUUAAACACAAAGACUUAAAACUGCAUAAACAAAAAUAGUAAAUUGCCUUGCAAAUAUGAAUGAUUUGCGAUUAAUUAAACGGGAAGCAGCAUCGAAAAUAAAUUAAUUUUAAACGAAAACCUGUGAUCGAACAUAGAGUUUAAGUAUAGUUUGUAUGCUAAUAGUUUUUAUUUUAUUUUUUUAUUUUAUUGUAUUUUUUAUUUAUUAUUAUGUUUUUUUUUUUUUGUUUGUUAACAAAAGGAGAAAUUGAGCUUAUGAUAUACACAUUCAACAAAACACACAAAACAAAAAACACAGAAGAUAUAUUUUGUAGGUACAGUGAACGAUAAUAUGAUUAAAUAUGGUUAAGGUGAAAGAAAAUACUGCUGGACAGAAGUUUAUUUAAAGCUUUAACUGAGUGCAAAUUAAUUGAAUAAUAUUGUAAAACAGAAAUGUAUAAAAUUUAAAUUUGAAAUGUCUAC